ACAAGGAACUUUCCAGUCUACACCAGCCAUCAGUCGACUUACAUCUGGACAAACAAAAGAAAGAAGAAACAAAAAUGGACAGACGUUGGGCGUUUCUUCUGCUGCUUUCCACCUUUGUACCCGUUUCUUCGUGUGAAGAUAUUGUUGCAGGUAACGUGUCAGAAUCAAGGGAAGACCAAUCCUCAAGUCAGUCCAUGCCUGAGAACAUCGCUGUCAAUGUGACAAUCACUGGACAGGACGUGAGGCUGGACUUGACUCUGGACCUCAAUGCAAGUACAGACAUUCCUGUCUAUGUCUUCUCCAGGAACAAAGACGGACAACUGGACUCAGAGAGGGUUAACAGGAAAAUAAACAAGCACUUCGCCGUGUAUCGUGACGUCACACAGGGGGCUGUAUUCAGCGUCCGCCGUGACGUGGACACUGGACACGGUCAGCUGACCCUGGAAGGCGUGGUGCAUGUCAAAGGCAAAGUUUACGACCUUAGAAGCGCCAAUCGUCGCCACCGGAACUCAACGAACCCGACGAGCGACGGGAAGACAGGUUCUGUCGGCCAUGAUGUCCAACGACGUGACGUCAACGACAAGGACGAGGAGGUCGACCACAACGAGGCUGCAGACAACUACGAGUUCAUCGUGCGCCUUCUGGACGACCUACCUCCGAGGUCACUGAGAGGAGACGCCAUUCUGCCACCAACCUCUCUGCAGAAGAAACCUAAGGUGAGGACGUUCCAGGGCGAUGAUGUGCAACAACGACGAGCAUCUGCACCAGCAGCAGCGGAGACAAUAAGUAAACAACGGUCGGUGUUUCAUGAUGUUUACAUCGAUGAUGUUAACUUCCGUGAUGUUUACAUCGAUGUUGUUGCUGUCGCAGAUUACGGUGUCUUCUCCAACUGGUACGCUGCCAGUUCCGGUCGCACGAGAAAAGAGAAAACACAGGAUGUCUUGAGCAAGUUGCCGGAGCACUACGCCCUCAUGUUCUCCGGGGUGAAUAUGAUCUACGAGAACACCACCUCGCUGCCCUACACCAUUCAUGUCAAACUGUCUUCACUCAUCAUUUCAACGCGCACAGAACAUUCACCCUGGACAGAGUCACUGCGUGUGAAAACCUCUGAUAGGGAUCGUGUGGACCCCAAGAAUGCUCUCUACAGUUUAGCAGAAGGGGUGAAGAACACUCAUCUCGUCACUGACUACGACCACCUCACCCUCUUCACGGGGUACGACCUCCGGGGAACUGAUGGAGAUUAUUUAGGUGUCGCUUUCAUAGGAAGCAUGUGUGAGACAAAUGGCCGUUCGGUCUCCAUAGUGGAGGAUCUCUAUCGGAGCUUUGAGACUACUCCUGUUCUUGCACAUGAAAUAGGGCACAGCCUCAAUUCAGACCACGAUCAAAAAAAUAAUGAAUGUCUCGAGAACGACCGUUACAUCAUGGCGCCUGUCCUUGACACACGCGUACCCAGCAACUGGCACAACCUCUGGAAGUUCUCCAACUGCAGCAUCCGUUACUUUAAGACCUUCAUCAGCAAAAAGCUCCAGUCUGAACGAGGACGGCAAUGUCUGUGCGGCACCCGAGCACCCAACGACAUCCCGUACGUGUUCCGCCAGUAGCCAGGACAGGUGUGUGGCCCCGAUGCCCAGUGCAGACACAGGACCCUCGUCCACACUGUCAGGUCCUCUCAAGCUCGAUAUCCGGCGUUUGUUGAACCUUCAGAUUUUUUUUGUUUUUACUACGUUGUACACACAAACAUGAAUUUUCGGUAGACAUAUGAAGACAACCUUUACACAUGAGUGCACAUGCAGUCACACACACACACACACAAAUAAAUGUCCCUACACCAAGCCAUCACCACCUAGAAGAUAAAUGAACUGUAACACAAUAUUUUUGUUACUUACAUAGUACUUGUAUCUCCUUGUGAGCUAGUGUAAGUUUAUAUUUUUCAGUUGUACAUGUACUCUGUAAUACCACGUUUUUAAAAAAAUCGACACACAAUUUUUGUACUUCUGUAGCUAGCAUCCUUUUGUAUUAUUUUAAUUGUUAUCUUUUGGUUAGAUACAUUUUUAUUCGGAGUUCUUUGCCUCUACUGGUUGCUUCAACUUAUUAUAGCUUGGUGCUUUAUUUGUCACAUAUCUUUCUACAACACUGUCAAACAGGAGCUAGGAAUGCACUCCUAUCCAUCGCCCACCAGACAUCACACAGUAAAUUUUCUACUUUCAAGUUUGACAGCUGAGCAGG